GAGAGAGAGAGAGAGAGAGAGAGAUUAAGCUGCAAUCUCUUCUUGUGGCGCAAGAAAAUGGCGCAAGCCUAGCCCAGCUGCAUUCGUAUACAAACACGGCCCGACCUCAAAAAUUCAUCAUCAUCCUCGUCAUCAUCAUCAUCAACGCGCGCAGAGCAUCGAAAAGCGAUGAGCUUUCUGGCGGCAAGAUUGGCCGGGAAGGAGGGAGCCUACUUCUUCGAGGAGUCCAAGCACGCCGUCGACCGCCUCGCCCGGAAAGUCCAGCCCUCGAACAAGACCAACGCCGCCGCCGCCGCCGCCAGCGGCGGCAAUCCGAUCUCGCGGGAGGCAGAGGCCGACGUGUUGCCCGAGGUCCUGAGGCACUCGCUGCCCUCCAGGAUGUACUCGCAGCGCUCCGAGCCUUCUUCUUCCUCCUCCUCCUCCUCGUCCUCUCUCUCCAAGGCCUCGAAAUGGGCUCUCCAGUGGGACCCCGAGUCCGGCUCGGCCGUUUCGUCCGACGCGCUGAACCCUCUCAGGGCUCACCUGGCUAUGCCCCAGGUCACAUUCGGUCCAAACAGGUGGAAGUUGCCUCCUGCAGGGAGCUCGGUUUUAGCAUCAACAGCCAAUGAGUUGUGACAAGAUAGAUAUACACAUGCUAACCCUGAAAAGUUGAAGGCUGCAGCUGAUGGCCUCGCAAAUGUUGGGAAGGCAUUUGCUGCAGCCACUGUCGUUGUCUUUGGUGGUGCAUCCAUAAUAUUUGGACUAGUAGCCUCCAAGUUACAGGUUCAAAAUGGUGAAGAUAUUUAUGCUAAGGUGAGAGACUUUGCUCAGCCAACAUAUAUGACGGUGAGAGAGCAAGUGGCUCCUUUAAGGACCUGGGCUGAGAACAUGUCAAGAAAAUGGCAUAUAGAAAGGGAGGACGACAUAAAGCAAAAGCCGAUGAUGAAGGAGCUGUCAAAAACGUUUGGGAGAAGGACUUCAAAUUGACUUGCAUAGUGUGUGAUUGCUUGUAUAGCAAAUAAGAAAAGCUGCUAGCAGAGAUCAUCAUCUCUGGUGAAUAAAAAAAAUCGUGCAGAUUUUCAUUUUGUUCCGAUAUUUUUGUCAUAUUGUUUGAGAUACGACUGGAUCCUCGUAUUGAAUAGUGUGCUGUAUGGAUAAUAAAAUGGCUGCUGAGUAUGCAUGACACUUCGUUAAGUAUUGUCAUGCAUUUGUUAAUUCCAGUGAAUUUUUACUUGUAU